AUGGAGGAGCAGUACGACCGGCGGCCGCCGGCGUGGGCGAGCAACGUGACGGUGGAGAAGGACGGCGAGCAAGAGCUUGUAGUGCCUGGCCUGUGGUGCCCUACAGACGGCUGCCCUGCCGCAGAGGGCUUUUGCAUGUCGGGCAUCAAUGACACUCUGCUGGAGGAAGAAUCCUACACCUUCCAGCACUGCAAAGCCGCGCGGGUCGGCGGCGUGUACGAAUUCCACUGGGUCUUCUCCACGGGAGGUCCUGGCACGCUCCAGGAGGAUGGCAGCGAGGGAGAGCUUGGCAUAUCGGCGGGCUUGGGCGGUGCCUUCAAUCGCACCAACAAUGCCGAUGUCAUCGUGCGGGCUCAGGAGUGGAGACAGCCCCCAGCGGGUUCGGCUGUGCGCUACGUGGGCUCCACCACCGGAACCGCCUACGAUGACGAGGUCUGCUCGCCUGUGGAGGUGAACUGGCACGUGGACCAGCGGUGCUGCCAUCUGUCUGCCCAGGCCAUGGACAAGCUCUGCGAGGACAUGAUUGCGGUCGGUCUCGAGACCGAUGUCGCGCCGAAAGGCUCCCGGCGACCCGUGGACAGGCGCUGGGUCUCUGAUAUCACGUUUCCCCUCGUCCCCAUCGGAGCUGGCAUCGUCGUGCAGUGA